CUUAAUUAUAUGAUCACCUAGAUUAAACUUUCUUGUGAAAGUUUGAUGGCAGUGAAUACACACACUGAGCUUACGGCUUCCCUGUGCCAUACCAUUCUCAUUUUUAAUGAUGUAUUCCUCUCCCAUUUCUGUAUUCCCACAUGUUUCAGUGUCCAAAUCGUUUUCCACCUUCAGUUCUUCAAGAGCUUCACAUUUAAUCCAGGCUUCUGUAAAAUCGUUCCCAUUUCCUGUGCUGGAAUACGAUAAUAUAAACUGUAGCUUUUUGAUACAUAUACUGCACAUAUUAGGAGACAUGUGCAGAUUAAAAAACAUGAAAUUCUGAACGAUGACCUUUAAAUUUAAACAAUGAGUAGCAUCAUGUUUUUGGGCACUCACCUAUCCGAAACUGUGUCUGCAACACCUGUACUAGAGCAUAGGCUGUACUCAUCUUUAAUAAAUGUACGAGUUAUUUGAG